CAGGGUCGAACUGGCCAAGGUUAAUUUCCUGGUAUAAAACGGCGAGGGGAAAGCGGCAGGGCAGUAUAGUACUGGUUUGCCUUCCUGGUAGACCGUUCGUUCUUCUCUCCACGUACCACCAUGUUUUUCCUAGUGAUCACAUUAGCUGUAGUAUCCUCAGCCCUCGGUCAGGGUUACCGUGGAGAUCCAAGAACUGCAGCAAUUCUGAACGAACAGAGGUUCCUCAGCGCGUCUGGUCAAUUUGGAGCUGCUUACCAGCAGGAAGACGGUGUCCAAUACAAAGAAGAAAGUGAUGCUGAUGGAACCAGACAUGGUUCGUACUCUUACGUAGACCCAACCGGUCAAAGGAGGACUAUAUCGUUCACAGCCGGCAAGAAUGGUUUCCAAGCAAGCGGUGAUGGUAUUCCCCAACCACUUCCAACAGUCUUACCACAGGCGCCACAACCACAGUACACCCCAUUGCCUCAGUACAACUCCCCAGACUACAGAAGUCAACCACAACAACAGUAUCAACCCAGACCUGAGCCUCAAUAUCAACCACAGCCUCAGUACCAACCACAACCGCAAUACCAGCCUCAACCACAACCUCAACCACAAUAUCAACCACAGCCUCAACCUCAGUACAGACCUCAACCCCAGCAAUACAAUCCUCCCCCACCACAAUACACCACCACUCCAGCACCACAUAGAUUCUUCCCACCUGGAAAACUGUCUUUGAACAGAUCUCCAGAUGGUUUCAGCUACACUUUUAGGCAAUCUUAAAUCGAUGGACUGAUUCCUGUAACUUUUAAUGAAUUCCCCUGUAUAUAUGGCUUCCUGAUGGUCUUUUAGGAGCGCUUUGUGAUCAACGAAUAUCUAGAAUUAAGGAACGAUUUACGACUUGGACUUUUAUGGCUGUCUUUCAAUUUUUCCGAGUCUAAUGCAGUUCUGUAUGUUUGGGAUAAAUGUGAACUCGUUUUUUUGUAUUGUGGAUCAAUUUAGGUUUGAGAUUAUAUUGAAAUUUUAGAAGAUAUUGAAUUGUAACUAAUAAAUGAUUUCUUACGUUU